GCCUAGUCCUGAAAACAAGCAGGGAAGUCGGGGCAGCGCCGGGGCCCUGCACCUGCCACUGGUGGAGGAGUCACUGAAGGGGAAUGGAAAACCAGAGCUCCCCAGAGCCAGUCCACCGAGGCUGAAGUCUAGCUCGGAAAGAUCUUCAGCAGAAACCUCCAUUUCUGGAAUGACGACCCUACCCCCACUGCCCAUGUCACGCCCCAAGCUUACAGCCUUAGCCAGAGAGAAGCUGCCAUGCUCCCCCAGAACAACGCCACGGUCUGAGUUGAUCAAAGAAAAAGAUGACAUAGAUCAUUAUCUGGAGGUGAAGUUCAAAGGAUUGUCAAAAGAGGAGGUUGCUGCUUACCGGAACACAUACAAGAAGAACAUCUGUGUGGACAUGCUGCGAGAUGGGUAUCACAAGUCCUUCACUGAGCUCUUCAGCCUGAUGGAGAAGUGGGAAGCCCUGAGGGAGGCUGCGAGGGUCAGGUCCGUCUUCUGGUUGCAGAAACCCCUGGAGGAGCAGCCUGAUAAGCUGGAUCACUUCUACUACUACCUGACCAGGGCUGAGGUGGCUGAAAGGAAAAAAUAUUUUGAAGAUGUCUAUAAUAACUUGUAUGCUCUGGCCUGUUACUUCAAUAAUUCUGAAGACAAGUGGGUAAGGAACCACUUCUACAAGCGAUGUUUUGAGAUUGCUGAGCUGAUCAAAAUUGACGGUGGGAAGAAAGAAGCCGAGGCGCACGGACACAUGGGACUUCUCUUUGAGGAAGAGGGUAAGCUUCUGGAAGCUGCCGAGCAUUAUGAAGCGUUCCAUCAAUUGACGCAAGGGCGGAGGUGGAAGGAUGAGACAGGCCGCUUUCUCAACUUGUUGGCCUGCGAGAGUCUCCUGAGGACGUACAGAUUACUCUCCGACAAAAUGCUGGAAAAUAAAGAUUACACACAGGCCAUCAGAAUUCUAAUAAAAGCUUCUGAAAUAGCCAAAGAAGCAAAUGACAAGAAGAUGGAAGGGGAAGCUUCCUAUUACUUGGGCUUAGCACACUUGGCUGCCGGAGAACAUGACACAGCAUUAGAAGACCUCAACACUUACGGUGAGAUCUCCACGGAGCUGGAGGAUGACCUCAGCCUGGGGAGAGCCUAUGAAGCCAUAGCCAGAGUCCUGCAGAGCCAAGGAGAGAUGGUAGAAGCAAUUACAUACCUGAAGAAAUUUGUGAAACUGGCAAGAAACAAUUUUCAAAAGCUAGAUGUUGUGAAAGCAAGUACAAUGCUUGGUGACAUCUACAAUGAAAAAGGGCACUACAACAAAGCUUCUGAAUACUUCCAGCAAGCUUUUGACACUACAGCAGAGCUAACAAAUGUGCCUCUGAUGGAUGAAACCAAAGUUCAUUACGGAAUAGCAAAAGCUCAUCAGAUGAUGCUGACAAUUAACAAUUAUAUAGAAGCUGCAGAUCUCUCCAGCCUUAACACCCUGCUCUCAUGGAAGGAGACUAGAAGUAACAUUUCACCUGAUCCAGUUAUUGGAGACCCUAGAAGAUCCACGAUGGAAAAGAUAUAGCACACCUCAGAGCACUUGGAAGAACAACU